CCCUUAAAAUCGUAGACUUUUGUGAUUGUUUGCAAUUUAAAUAGUUCCAGAAGAUCAGUGGUAGCCUACACUUUACUCUUCAAGAUGAAGCUUGCCAUGAUUACUUUGUUAAUUGUUUCACUUGUUCUGACUUCUUCUUUCCUUCAGUCAUCCGUGGCCUAUGACGACCCAAGUUCAUGCGAUUCUAAGUGCGCAGUGAGGUGUGGGAAAGCAGGAAUAGCAAAACGUUGCUUGACCUACUGUGGAAUAUGCUGCAAUAAGUGCAACUGUGUCCCUUCUGGAAACUAUGGAAACAAGUCGGAAUGCCCUUGUUAUAGAGACAUGCUCAACUCCAAGGGCAAAUCCAAGUGCCCAUGAAAUUGAAUACUAACACUAUCCAGUUCUUUCCACUCAAUGUUCAUCUCUCUUUCCUUUUCGAUAUAGUAUAUGCCCAAAGUUGGAAAUAUACUACAGCUGAGAGGAAGGAGUGCAAUGUAUGAAAAUGCUGAGAGGAAGCUGGUGGUCAAUACACGGAUUGGAACAUAU